GCUGAUCUGAAAAUGAACUCAGCCUGCUCAGAGAGCUCAUCUGCUUCUGCUGUUUGUCCCAUAUUUACCCAGUCAUCUGAUCACCACUGAAACUGUCAAGUGAUACCCUAGAAUUCUAUUCUUCCUAUUGAGGUAAAAGGCAGAUUAUUGUAUAAACAGAUACAGCACGAACUGCCCAAGAUGUUGCUGAACAUAUCCUCAGAGCAAGACAGCGGAGAUCAAAGGAUCCAAGUCAACUGCUCGAAAUCAGGAAGACACAACUACAUCUUCAUAGCUGUGCCAAUAGUUUACAGCUUGAUAUUUAUUGUAGGGGUAUUUGGGAACAGCCUUGUUGUGAUUGUCAUUUACUGCUAUAUGAAAAUGAAAACGGUGGCCAGCAUCUUCUUGAUGAACUUAGCACUGGCUGACUUGUGUUUUGUGAUCACUUUGCCAUUGUGGGCCGCCUACACAGCCAUGCAUUAUAACUGGCCUUUUGGCACAUUUUUGUGCAAAGUAGCCUCCACUGCCAUUACGUUAAAUUUGUACACCACAGUAUUUUUACUUACCUGCCUCAGUAUCGACCGCUACCUAGCCAUUGUCCACCCAAUGAGAUCCCGCAUUCGUCGUACAAUGAUGAUUGCCAGAAUAACAUGCGUUGCCAUAUGGCUUGUUGCCUUUUUGGCAAGCAUGCCAAACAUAAUAUAUCGAAAACUAAUCUUUAUUGUACAAGCAAAUGCAACAGUGUGUGGUUUUAUGUAUACUGACAGUAGUAGCUCACUUAUGGUUGGCAUGGGCAUAACCAAGAAUAUAAUUGGCUUCCUGGUCCCCUUUUUCAUAAUUUUAACAAGUUAUACACUAAUUGGCAAAACACUGAAGAAAACAUGUUAUCCACACAGAGGCACUGCGAGAAAUGAUGAUAUUUUUAAGAUGAUUGUAGUGAUCGUCCUCGUUUUCUUCUUUUGUUGGAUUCCUCAUCAAGUGUUUACAUUUUUGGAUAUUUUGAUUCAACUGAAAGUAAUCGGAAACUGUUAUAUUCAAGAUGUCGUGGACACGGGGAUGCCCAUUAGCAUAUGCAUAGCUUACUUUAACAGCUGUUUGAAUCCUUUCCUAUAUGGUUUUUUCGGAAAGAAUUUCAGGAAACAUUUCCUGCAGCUUUUGAAAUACAUACCACCCAAAGUAAGGACACAUACAAGUCUCAGUACCAAAAUGAGUACUCUCUCCUAUCGUCCAGCUGAAAAUCAGAAUGCAUCAAUCAAAAAUGCUUCAAGGUCCAGUGAAAAUGAAGAGCAUCAGAAUGCAAGCAUUUAACAUUGUCCUUGCAGAAAAAUGCUAAAUCAGAAUUAUCAAGAAAAAAAAACAUAACUCUGCCACACAAACCUUACUGUCAGGCGGGUUUUCCAUUUUGGAUUGGGACUACGUGCGAAGUUCAUGCAAAUUCAUCAAUUAAGAAGGAAGCGGAGAAAAUUGUUGUUUGACCAAUUGCAAUGUUGAAGGCAAACAGAUAGUAGUCCUGAUGACUGGAAAACAGAAAAAAAGGAGUUAAGACAGAGUGGGAAUGACCGCUCUUCAUAAUGAUAUGCCUUUAGUUGCAUGUUGAACAUUUUAUUUUGUUACCACCAUCUAGUGAGGUAGUCUACCUACAUCACAGUCCGGAUCACAUUUUGCUGAUCAAACACUCAAAAACAUCCUAUUGUAAGAUGAUGUAUCUAUUUUUCACCUGUGUGAAGUCAGUCAUUAGUAUACCUCAUUUAGUAUGAAAAUUUUUUAUUUUUAGGGAACCUGUCUUUUCACUAAUUUUUCUUUAAUUUAUUUGGUGUGAUCACAUACAAACCGUAUCUGUAUGUAUAUUAUGUCACUACAUGUAAUCAUUUUGGUUUAUACAGUGUCCUGCAGUAUUCUUUUGAUAUACUUACAGUAUUUUGCACCUCACGUAUUCUCCAACUGUUUGUAAAUGUUGAGCAGUGGCAUUCAUAGAUAAAAUGAUUUCUUUCGGUUUAGUAAUGAUACGUUACCAAUAGGCUAUUCAUGUCAAUAACUAUUUUUGUAGAACACAAUAUAUACAGCGUUAUGGUACACUAGUUAGGUUAAAUGUAUGUGAUGUACAAUAUAUUGUUUUUCAGAACAAGAAAUAUGCUAUAUAUAUAUAUAAUAUGCUAUAUUUCCAAAACAAUAGAUGACAUAAGCUUGAUAUACAGAAGAGGCAGUAGUAGUUGAACUCAAAAAAUGUUGAUAAUUUGAGAUUCAUCUCUAGUAUUGGGUCAAGUUAAUAAAGCUAAUGUUCUAUUCUGAGAA